UCCCGAGUCCUUUUCCGCGUGAAAUCUACUGUGACAUCAGCAAAACCAUUGUUUUAGGGCCUCACGUCACGGUAGAUUUUGCCGCUGAGCGAUGCAUUUUCCAUAAUUUUGUGAUUGUGGGCACAUGGCACCGAUGCAUUCAACUUUGAACUUCAAAGUUGAAUGCAUUGUUAUUUGAUCACUUGAUAUAACUCGCAAUCAUCGAUCGAAGUCAUGGCUGUCGAGAAUAUCAAACACGAUCUGUGUACUCUGCUUCGAGAAGAGAAGUCAUUUGAUAUUAAUGGAGUGCGUCGAACCUAUGAAACGAGAGCUGCUACUUUUAUUUCAAAAUCCUCUCCUUGGAAUCCCUUUUCAAAGGGUAAAAAUGGGAGAGAUAUGUCAAGUGAAAUGUUAAUACCUAAGCACUUGACAGUUCAUUGGCAAAGUGGAGAACUAAGAGCUUUAAAAACUAGAGGUGAUGGUAAUUGUCUGUACAGAGCCUGCUCAAAAUUACUUUGUGGCAAGGAAGACCUAUGUCAUUUGCUGAGAGACUUGACAAGCAUUGAGCUAUUCAAUCACCAGGAGUAUUAUGCUAACCACCCGUACUUAAAAGAUAAGUUGCAUUUUUUUAAGUCGGAAAAUACUUCUUUUUCUGCAUCAGUAUCAGAUGUGGCUUUAGGCAAUGGCUAUGAUAGGAAAAAUCCAAGCACAAAGGUAAUAGUAGUUAAAGAGGAAGCUCUAAAUAAUGCAUGCAAUUGUACUUAUUCUUCACUUAUGUGUAUAUUUGGUUUGUCUUCUGUCACUGGAAUGACUAUAAUUUCAGUUUAUCCCGAAAAGUUGGACCAGGAGACCAAAUAUUCACAAUUUCUAAAUGGUAAAAUUCUUCCACGGCAAGCACACCAACAUAUUUCAAGUCAACUUGUUCAGCCUACUAAGUUAAUUUUGAUGUGGACAACUACUGGUGCUUAUUCUCUUCCAGAAUUAGAUAUAGAAUUUCAACCCAAUCAUUUUGUACCACUAAUUGAAUUUAAUCAAACUAAUAACUCAAGAGUUAAUAAUAAAAAAAAAACUACUGACCACUUUAAAGUUGAUGUCUUACAGAAAAAUAAAAGUGGACUUGAGCAACAAAUAGACACAACUUUGGUAGCACCUGCAAAAUCCUCACCAAGGGAAGACUUAGAUGGCAGCAGCUAUGAUUGCUUGAAGACUUCCUUAAAACGUGGGUUAAAUUAGUGAUUGUUCAUGUGCAAAUAUAUUUUAAUUAUAGGACCUCUUUCAUGCGACUUUGAAGAUGGAAAAGUAUCAAAUGCUUCUUGUCCCUUGUCAAAAUCUGUAAAAACUGAUAUGACAGAUGUUGAUCCCUUGGAUAUUGGACAUUUUGUAUCUUUUUUACCGUUGGGAGAAGACCACCUUUGAACAUUGCUUUUAUCAAUGCUGUUAUCUUGCAAAAGACGGCUCAUGUUAUUUUUUCGAUAAAAUUUACGCUUAAGAUUUUUCUGUCACCUUUCCCAAAUCGCUGGAAAAUGCUUCUCGGAUAGUGAAAAUUCAAAAAUUUUCUGGGGGAGCAUGCCCCCAGACCCCCCUAGCGGUAGCUCGCGCCUUCGGCGCUCGCAAUGCAUCGGUCAGCUAAGGAGCUGGAUCCGCGCCUGCCCAGACUUCAUGCCACGACGGACAAUGUCCAUUAAAAGGCAACUUUAAACCUCCAUAACAAGAAAACAGUUUGAACAAAUUGAAAAUAUUUUUUCACCGAAGCUUUAAAUAUUACACCAAGUUUUGAUAUCGCUAAUAAAAUUUUUUGCUGAUAGGGACACUUUAAUCAAUUGCAGUUUCCUGUGAUCUCGGCUAGCAGCAGCGAAUAUACAUGAUGAAUUAUCUUGCAAACAUUAUUAUGGAAUAUAAUAUGCUAUUGGCUCCGCACAAACAUUAGAUCAAGAGCAAAGAGACUUGAAUUUCCAGAUAAAACCGCUUGGAAAGGUUUCAGAAUAAGGAUAUUCACUUAUACAGACACAUGGGAAAAGGCCAUAAAGUUUGAAAAGAAAGCCCUCGUCACGUCUAUUUUGGAUUCUGACGAAGAUUCAGAUGUAGAACCUAUAAGGAAAAGACCUCGUUUAAGAAAAUGCUAUGAAGAAAGACUGAUCAUAGUGAUGUUGAGUAAGACACAAGUGAAUACAUUUCGGGCUCUACUUUAGCUCCUUUACUGCCAGCAGCCAGCAGCUCCAUCAUUUUCGCCUCAAGUAUCCCGUUGCUUAAAUGAAGGCACUAAAAACCGAGUUUUGACUGUUGUGAGACAAUUGAUGACUUCAAAUUCUGGUUUGUACCAAUUCCAAAAUAUGUGAAUUUCAACUGAACUUGUCUAUACAAGUUUAAAUGUACUCAUUUUUCCUUUUAUUCAGUAAUGGCUAAUGAUUUCAAUUUUUAUGAAAGCGAGCGCAACAUGGUUGAAUUGCCAAAUGAAGCAUCUUGUAGGUAGAGAACAAUGGCUUCUAUUAUUCAUCAUUCCCAUUGAGCAGAAAAUGCAGUUGACUGGCUGCCUUUAUGGUAAUCACAUUCGUGAUAAAAUAUGUGUGGCCUGGAAACACUAUUUAGACCUGAAUAUAAUCGAUUGCUACAGAAAUGAAGUAUAAUAUUUUUCGGAAAUUUCCAUAACCGGACCAAAACUUGCGAGUUUGCUAAGUUACAGCAGUACAUUUAAUUAAAGUGACAAUCUUUGCUAAAUUUGAUUAAAUGAAUGAUGUAUAAUAACGAUAUUCGAUAGCCUUCUUAUUAAAGUUUUCGGAUAAA